AUGUGGGCGUGCCGAUCGUUUCUCCGUCGACCCAACCCCCUGAGCAUCCCUCGUACCCUCCGACCAGCUAUCCACCGUCAGGACGCAAACCAGAGGACGACGGUUCAUGGCAAGAACCAUCUGACCGCAUCACCACGGAGGCACGUCUCGGACGCCGCCAACAGGGAUCCGCAUCACCCGGCCGCGGCGACGACGACGACGAGGCGGCAUCUGUACGUGGUGCUGGAUGACCACAAGCACGAGUACGGCAUCUACAAGCUGGACGUCGGCGGCGAUCUGGACGGCGACCACGACGUCGGCUCCGACCCUGACUCUGCCCGCCGUCUUCCCGAUCCCGCCGUCAUCCGCGUGGAAGUGCCAACCGCCAUAGAAGAUCUAGCCGCACGGUUCGCCGCCCUGGGCAGCUGCAUCAUCACCACGGGCUCCAGCCCAAACACUUACGGCCUAAGGGAAGAGCACUACGGCGUCACCUUGGUCUACGACACCGACACGGCGGCGCUCUCGGUCGCGUGCAACGUCCCCAAAGGCCUGCGCGACGGCUUCCGCGAGGCCGUGGCCGCCGGGGGCAGGCUGUACGCGUUCGAGGACGUGACGGAGCUGCACGACGAACGCGGCUGGGAGAUCGAGCCCCUUCGGCCCUGCCCGGGAGGCAUGCACUGCAUGACCACGGACCGCGGCAGGGACGCCGACGAGAGCCGGUGGUGCUGGCUGCCUUUCUCCGGCUCCUCGCGGUGCUUCUGGAGCGCCGACCCUGAGUCGCCCCCCUUCUUCCCCGAGGCGAUGGUGGCGCACGCGGAGGCCGGGCGCGCCAUCUUCGUGUCCGCAAGCGCGUUUCACAACGACGUCCGGACCUUCUCCUACGACACGGCGAGAGACGACUGGACGCGCUGCGGCGGCUGGGCGUUGCCGUUCGUAGGCCGCGCCGGCUACGACGCCGAGCUGGACGCCUGGGUCGGGCUCCACCGUAAGGGCUACGACACGGACGGGCACCUCUGUGUCUGCCGCGUUCCAGUUCCGACGAGCGACCUCGACCGGACCCCGCAACCGCAGUGGAAGAUCGGCGGGGAGAAGGUGAUCCUCGAGCACCCGGACUGGAGGCACGUCGACGCCAAGCUCGUGCACAUGGCCGAGCGCGGCCAGCACUGCCUCGUCGAGCGCCUGCGACGCGAGGGGACCGACGAGAAGGAGAGCCUGCCCGACGGCGACGAGUGUCUGCUAGUGGUGACCACGUUUCAAGUCAAGUACGGCGACGACGGGGAGCUCGUCACGAGCGCGGACCGCCGGUCCACCACGGCGCACUCCAACUCCGCCUUCAUAACCUCCAUCUCCGGAGCCCCGGAAAGUGAAGAUGUCCACCUCCACGUCGCCGCCAAGCGACUAAUCGGUCGUCGAUGUUCAGCCCACCAAGCUUGGUUUCAACAGGAGGGGAGGAGCGGUGGCCUUCUUGGGACCCAUACGGCGGUGACCUACCAUGCACUACUCUUCCUCGCUGCAGGCGGUGCCCGUAGACAUGUUGGCUUCGUGGUCGUGGCGACGGGGCGCGGCCUUGGCGGGGUCGGGCAUGUCCUCCCCGUCAUCACUCUUGCCCCACACCUCGUCUGCAGCCUCGUCGAACUCCUUGUAGAUGGCCUUAAGUUCCGCCUAAUGCCGGCAAUAACGCCAGCGAGCGAGGCAGAUCUCGCGGGGGGAGCGGUGGGACUCGAGCAGCCUCGCAUGCCCCGCCAUGUCCACGUUCGGCGCGAUCACCCUGCUGGCGGCGAGCUGCUCCUCCGCCUGCUAAUGCUCUUCGAGGAGCCGGAGGUUGUCGACCUGCGCCUCACGGAACUGCUGCUCCCCGCUUCUCCCGCACCGUGUCCAUGUAAUGGGCAUGGGCCUCACUGA